UGCUUUUUCGAUGGAGAGAGGCAUGGGAGAUACGUUCCAUAAAAGGACAACAUCUGGGACAACACAGAUUCUUUCGUUUUUUGGUCAGCGGGCUGGGAUUCCUGGAAAAAGAAUACGGAAAAAAAUGUGUUUAUAAAGAGUUUUGUUUACGUGCGAGAGCUUCUUAUCGUAUUACAAUGCUGCAGUAAGACAUUGUGAACCCUCUUUAAUGAGAAUAUCACCACAAUGCAACAAGCAUUCGCUGUAAAGUACAGCUAAAAAUGGCUUCCGGCUUUGCAAGAAAGUUGUGUGGACGAAAACAAGACGAAGAACCUCAAGAAGUAGUAGUUCCAUUAAGAUUUGAMGAAGAAAURAGAGCACAGCRARAAGCCAGACUUCAACCAGAAACAAGAGUUCAGCGAGAACAGAAGGAUGAUCUUUUUGAUUCAAUUAAAAGAUGUGACUUAGAGCAUAUAAAGACGCUGAAAACAAAGUUUUCAUUUAAAAAUAUUAAAGAUAAUCAUAAAAGAACACCACUCCAUGUCUUAGCAGACUCGAAACCAGAACAAAAAGGCAAGGAUGGAGUUCUCAAAGAGAUUUUUAUGGUUUUAAAAGAAGCAGGGUGUGAUGUAAAUUGUGUUGAUCAGUAUGGAAAUACACCUGUAAAGUUGGCAGCAGAAAAAGGCUGUAUACCAGUUUUAAAGUGUUUGUUGGAAGAAAAAGCUGAUGUUACUUUACCAGACRAGCAUAAAGGAGAUACUCCAAUUCACUGGUCAGCAAAAAAUGGGAAGUAUGAAGCAACAAACCUAUUGAUUACACAUCAACGUGAUUUCAUUAAUCCUCAAAAUAAAGAUAAGCAGACACCACUUCAUUUAGCGGUUCAAAAUGAACAUACGAAAAUUGUUUAUCUUCUUCUCUUUCGUGGUGCUGACAGAAACCUAAAGGAUAAAAAUGAUUUUACACCUUUACGUAUUGCUGAAAGAGCGAAUAACGAGGAAAUUGUGGAUUUACUGAGAAAAUCUUUAGAAGAGCUUUAUGAGAUGCAGACUAAAGUUGGCCAAGGGGAGCAUGUCGAACCUGACUCAGGCGUAUGUGCAAWGGUAUCUAUACCGUGGACAAGACUACAAGCAGCCAAUGUCACUUAUAAUAUCAACGUUGGUGAAGGUGCAGUGGCUKCUAUUGGUCCAAAUUCCUCUGUGAACUUGAGCCACGAACAAAACUUGUCCCAGCACGCAACUUUGACUUCUCCAUCACAUCUUGGUCCAGGCCAGCAAUUAGUUUCUCCAACAUCAUCACCCUUAACAGCAGGGAGUCCUACCGGCUUUUCUCCUACCGCUGCGAUCCAGCAACCACUCCAUCAUGCAUCAUCAUCCUCAUCAGCAGGGAGCCCUACCGCCUCUUCUCCUGCGACCCAGUAAUCACUCCAUCAUGAAUUAUCACCCUCAACAGCAGCGUGUCCUAACGCCUAUACUACUGUACCUGUGUUUCCAACGGCACSUCUUUCUCCRUUAUCAAUGGACACUCCAUCGCCUUCACCAUCUGCCCCUCCAGAGCCGGAAGACGGUGUAUAGAAAGACAACUAGCAAGUCAUAGAACAUUGCGGGAAGGUUCAAAAUGGAAUUAAUGCUAUCAAGCAACCGUGGUAAGCCCUUGUCACAGUACGGUAGACUAGAGAAAAAUACAUUGUUAUGUUGUUCCCAAACAGGGUGGUAUCAUUUGCGGAUCCAGGGGAGGAUCGGGGAGUGCGGACCCCCCUGUCAUACCUAUGGUUCAAUAGAUCUUUUUACUGAUACGGCGGCCAUCUUGAAUUAUGGGAUGCCGAGGGGACAAAAACGUAGAAAAUUUAUAAAGCAUAGAGUGGCGG